ACUACUAACUGCAGGCGGUCGGUUAUUUUAAUUGUGAAGCCACUGGUAGAUAAAUUGCUUCCGUGCAGGACUUUCGCUGGCUUUUUAACUGAGUAGACCGCCGUAUAUGGGAAAAGUAAAACUAGUUGUAGAUACUGAUGGCGUUGCUGAUGAUGUACGAGCAAUUACGAUUGCUGUGAACCAUCCUGAUGUAGAGGUGCUCGCCAUCACCACUGUUCACGGCUGUGUCUCAGUGGAACAAGCGACAGCAAAUGUUGCUAGAUGUCUCCGUGCAAGUGGAGUUUCUAAGCCAAUUUACAAAGGAGCUAUGGAGCCGAUAGUUGGUCGAAAAAGUAAUAUCCUGAGUGAAAAUGUUUUGUUUGGCAAAGACGGACUUGGUGAUCGACCGAAGGAGUUCCCGGAGGUUCUUAAAAGCGACUUUGUACCGACUUCGGACGAGAUUGCAGCAACUGCUUUGAUUCGCAUUUCACGAGAGCAUCCCGACGCAACACUGGUCUGCCUUGGACCACUCACUAAUGUCGCACUGGCUCUUAAACUUGAUCCAAAUUUCAAAUUUGCCAAAGUGUUCGUCAUGGGAGGAAACUACUACGGAAUUGGCAACGUAGUGGAUAUGCCGACUGUUGAGUUCAACUUUCACGGCGAUCCUGAUGCGGCAUCUGUAGUCUUGAGAAAACUAGCUGAUAGACUUACAAUCAUUCCAUGGGAUCUAAUUUUCCUUGAAGGAUCUGAACAUGAGAAACAAGUCGACAUGGAUGCACACUUGAAACAUGAUACAAAAGUGGCGUCUUUUGUAAAAACGGCGACAAGAGCUCCUCGAGAAGCUCUGGGAAAGGUUGGACGUAAAUACACAUACUGCGACGAAAUCGCUAUGUGUUCAGCAAUAGAUCUGAAACGAGUAGCACGCAAAAUCAACUAUUUCAGAGUAGACGUAGAACUUACAGGAUCUUAUACUAGAGGGCAAGUGGUCGUGGAUUGGUUGGAUGUACUGUGGACAAAAGAUGAGGCCGGUUUCGUUGCUGCGCAAGGAAAAGAUCAAGUCGGAAAACUACCCUUCGUCAAAUUUGUGGCAUCAUGCAAUGCAACUGUGGUAGAUACAUGGAUGAAUAACGCUGUGUUGCAGAAGCCGGGUCCAUGGUGAUACCUAGUCUUUUGAUAAUAGCAAUAAAUUUUGUAAUCUCA